ACCGCCUGGCUAUGACUAGGACGUGCACGACGCGAGAACAGCCAUUCGAAUCCAGUAUUAGUGCGGUGUAGAGUGCUUUCGCUCCGGUGCUUUUAACCUGACGCCUGCCACGUCCCCGAGAGUUUUGCGUUCGAUUCCCGUGAACCUUCGAGAGACCGAUACCGGUGCACAAACAAAAUGCCUUUCAAACCAGUAGAACACCCCAAGUGUCCCAAAUGCGGCAAGUCCGUGUACGCCGCGGAAGAACGAGUCGCCGGAGGCCUCAAAUGGCACAAAAUGUGCUUCAAGUGCGGUCUCUGCGGCAAAUUGCUCGACUCGACAAACUGCACCGAGCACGAGGGCGAGCUAUUUUGCAAAGUCUGCCACGGUCGCAAGUUCGGCCCGAAGGGAUACGGCUUCGGUGGAGGCGCUGGUUGCCUGUCCAUGGAUCAGGGCGAACACUUGAAGAGUAGCGAGUGAGUGCCACCUGCCGUCGUCCGA